AUGACAUCUGUAAUAAACUACAGAUUUCGAUCAAAUAAGAACUUUUCUCGUAUCCAGUUCCAAGGAACAGGGCUUCCUCUGUGGGAGCUCAAGUACGAGAUAAUCAACCAAAGAAAGAUGAUCUCGAAAGAUUUUGAUCUCUUGUUUUUUGAUGGAGAGACAAACGAAGAAAUAAACGAUGAGUACCAGCUAAUUUCGAUGAACAGUCAUGUAAUAGUAAACAGAAUUCCUUUGUGGAUGUCAAAGGGCGGAUACAAUGUUAAGGAGAAGAGGUUGGAGUCUCAAGGCCACCACAACACCACGCAAAAGUAUAACAAAGCUGUUCCCGAAAGUUAUGUAUGUUUCAGAUGCGGGCAGAAAGGGCAUUAUAUCCAGAACUGCCAUACAAACCAGGAUAAGGCGUUUGACAUCCUAAGAAUCAGGAAGCCCUCUGGAAUUCCCAAAGACUUUCUUGUUCCUGUGUCCGGGGAAAAUGUACCAUCCAAUGCUGCAAUGCUGGUUACUCCGGAAGGAGGAUAUGUCAAGGCUCAGCCUCAAGUUCAGGAGUGGAAGAAGUAUAAGCAAAGGAGCAAGAUGACUGUCGAGAUUCCAGACAGACUUAAAUGUCCCUCUUGCCAUUGCUUAUUAGUGAAUCCUAUAAAAACAAGUUGCGGGCACACAUUGUGCGAUCAAUGUGUAAGAAUGGACAGAAAAUGUUAUGUAUGUUCCAAAGUCAUUGAAAACUUCACACAGGACAUAAACAUGAAGAUUGAGGUAGAGAGAGCCAUAGAACAAAGAAAAUAA